CGAUCAGUCGUUCGCAUACCACUGUCGCUUUCGGUCUGCUGUACCGUCGUUCGGUCGUCCGCGCGUCAACCGCAGCUCCGCUGCCACUCGAGUCGUGCUUUUACCACGGUAUCGUGCCUACCGUAAAAAUUCAUAAUUUAAUCAAACACCUAUUUUAUUAUAUUAAAAUAUCAUAAUAUUAUAUUCGUAUAUUGUACCUGCUCGCGGUCACAUUCCGUUAUCGUGUCCAGUCAUCUUCCGUCGUCGGUGCGGUGACAUUGUGUUACGUCCGUGUCAGUCGCGUGUAUACGGGUCGGUUUUUAAUUUAAUUUUUUCUGUCCACCUCGCACUCUCUCUUUCUCUUUCUCUCUCCCGGCCCUCCGCUCACUUACUCAUUCUCAUUCACUCUCUUCCGUUGUUUGACCGUGUGUUUGGCGAAAACAUUAUGUUCUCCCUGAGCCGCAGCCGUUACGCAGAGAUAAGAGACAGACGCCGCAAGAGCCGGAAAGCAGAAUGAUGGGAUCGACGACGUGGGAGACGUCAUCAUCAUCAUCAUUAUCAUCGUCGUCGUCGUCGUCGUUGUCUUCGGCAUUACUACCGCCGGUGCAGCCACCGUCGUUGCAACAGACGCUGGCCAAACGACCGGUUUGAACCGGUUGGACGGCGCGCGUGAUAACCCAAACUACAACACUACAUUGUUGUCGCUGGGGCCGACCGUCGUCGUCGUCGUCGAGUUCGGCACAGCAGCGAGCGCGCGCUUGACAGAGAGAGAUGGCUCCGUUGGACGUGCCCCGGGCGCUGUUGGACGGCGAAAAAGUGGUGAAAUGGGACGACGAAAGCGGAAUCGGACUAUUGGUGACCAUCAAAGUGGACGAACGAGGAUUUUUCUUGUACUGGAUUGAUCAGAAAAAAGACUGCGAAGUGAUUGACAUGUCGAUGAUACGAGACACCAGGACGGGAAAAUAUGCCAGGGUCCCUAAAGACGCGAAAUUGAGAAGUGUGGUGUGCAUGGGGUCCCAAGAGCCAUUGGGCGAUAAAACGAUUACCGUCGUCGUGGCCACGGAUUUUGUGAACGUGUCAUUCAUUAAUUUCUGUUGCAAUAAAAAGCAAACGGCCCAAAUAUGGACGGAUGGACUUUUGAAGCUCGCUUUAAACUUGGUGCAGCUGAACUGGUCACCGAUAGCGUUCUUGCACAAAACUCACACUAAAUUGAAUUUGCUAGUCGACAAAAAUGGCAAAAUUCCAGUGAAAAAUAUUCUCAAAACGUUCACGCAAAACAAAGAAGACAGGAAGAAAGUGGAAAAAGCCAUGGAAUCAUCUGGAUUACCUUCAAACAAAAAUGAUUUCGUUAGUCCGACAAAGUUUACGUUUGAAGAUUUUUUCACAUUCUACAAAAAUGUCACUGUUCGGCCUGAAGUCGCACAAUUAUUUGAUGAGGUAUGUAAUGAUCGAGGCGCUUCGGGUAAGAAAAAACUGAUGACAGUCGGUCAAUUCGUCGAUUUCUUGAACCGCACUCAGAGGGAUCCUCGUUUGAACGAAAUACUACAUCCGUAUGCCAAUUCAGACAGAGCGAAAGAUUUGAUACGGGAAUUUGAGCCUAACAAACAAAACGCGCAACGUGGUUUGUUGAGUUUCGACGGUUUUCUAAAGUACCUGAUGAGCGCGGACAAUCCAAUAGUGUGUUCUUCCACGUUAGAAUUGAACAACGACAUGGAUCAGCCACUAUCGCAUUACUUCAUCAAUUCGUCGCACAACACUUACCUGACUGGUCACCAGUUGACCGGUAAGUCGUCCGUGGAGAUAUACAGACAAUGUCUGCUAUCCGGGUGUCGUUGUGUCGAAUUGGAUCUGUGGAACGGGAAGACGAACGAACCGGUGAUCCUGCACGGAUACACUUUCGUGCCUGAAGUAUCUGCUCGUGAAGUAAUCGAAGCGAUUGCCGAGUCAGCAUUCAAAUCGUCCGACUAUCCGGUCAUAUUGUCGUUUGAGAACCAUUGCAACACGAAACAACAAGCAAAAAUCGCCCAAUACUGUCACGAUUAUUUCGGCGACAAGUUGCUGUACGAGCCGUUGAACACCCAUAAACUCGAACCCGGUGUGCCGUUACCACCCCCUUCUAUGCUGAAAAAUAAAAUAAUCAUUAAGAAUAAGAAAAAACAUCACCACCACCACAAGAAGCCCACGGCCAGCGUAGUAUUGGAGCCUGCUACAGCUGCCACUUUAGUAUUGGGCAACGGAGACUUACCAAGAGAACCGAUCCGACAACCGAGUAAAGACAGUAAUCAAGACGACGACGAAGAUGAUGACGAUAGUAGUAGUGAUACCGACGGCGAAGAAGAGGAUGUAGACCGAACAGCUGAUUUGAAACACGUCUUGCAAGGUAAACCUUUAGUCGAUAAGGUAUCCAACACCAAAGAAACUGAAGCCGGUACAGAAAUAUCGGUGCUGGUCAACUAUUGCCAAUCUGUACAGUUCACUUCUUUCGAAAAUGCAGAAAAAAAAAACCGUCACUACGAAAUGUCGUCAUUUGACGAAAAACAAGCAAUGACAUUAUUGAAAGAACGACCAAUGGAGUUUGUGAAGUAUAACAAAAACCAGUUGAGCCGAGUGUAUCCAGCCGGCACUCGUUUCGACUCGUCCAACUUUAUGCCACAAGUGUUUUGGAACGCAGGAUGUCAGCUGGUCGCGUUGAACUAUCAGACCAUGGACGUGGCCAUGCAACUGAACUUAGGGAUAUUCGAGUACAAUAUGCGCAGUGGUUACCUGUUGAAACCGGAGUUCAUGAGACGUGCUGACCGUACGUUCGACCCAUUUGCCGAAUCCACCGUGGACGGUAUCAUUGCCGGCACAUUGACUGUCGAAGUCUUAUCCGGUCAAAUGCUUACCGACAAACGAGUCGGUACGUAUGUGGAUAUCGAAAUGUAUGGUCUUCCAGCUGACACGGUCAGGAAAAAAUUUCGUACUCGCAUCGUGCCGUACAAUGGUAUCAAUCCUGUCUACGGGGAUGAACCGUUUGUGUUUAAAAAGGUGGUCCUUCCUCAGCUAGCAUCAUUGCGUCUGGCCGCCUUCGAGGACUCCGGUAAGUUUAUCGGUCAUCGGAUCAUUCCCGUGGUAGGGCUUUGUCCUGGCUACAGGCACGUGGUUUUACGAAACGAAAUGGGCCAGCCUCUGCCUUGUGGCACUUUGUUUCUAAAGAUCACCGUCAAAGACUAUGUACCCGACGGUCUGUCGAAUUUCGCCGAAGCUUUGGCUAAUCCCAUUAAAUUCCAGUCGGACCUCGACAAACGCACCAAACAGCUAGCCGUCUUUGCAGACGAGAUGGACCAAUCCGUAAACCCGGACGAUACGACUCUCGCACCGGCGGAACCCGAUGUGAAACCAGUAACCCGGCAUCAGACAAGCUGCCCAGACUUGCCCACCACUCAUCACAUGACCGUUACUUUACCUCCCCAUCGGGUAUCUGUCACCGUGAACCCUGUAUCGACGGUCGAGCAUUUAGUCAACGACGAUUUCAAUAUAGGUCCUAGAGGCCCACAAAAGAAACCAAUUGUAUCGACUCCUUCUCUAAGCGAAGGUAUAGUAGCCGAACCUUUGACAAAGCUUAUGGAAAACAAAAUUGUAAAGGAGAAGAAAUUGGAACUUGAGAAGAAAAUCGAAAGGAUCAGGAGGAAACAAGAAAAAGAAAGGCAUCAGGUUCAACACUUGAGAUCGUCGCACGAUUCCGAACGAAUGCGAAAGUCGAAAUUUCCGAUAAAUUCCCGAUUCGUCAAGCGUUUAUCAAUUAAAAACAUCCAGGAAAGUAUACUGCAGACUCAUCAAGAUGCGUCUGAAUCAUCUGAAUGCGACACAGACAAUUCCACCAGCUCCAUUCCGAGGAUGUCCCGGAGUCAAUCAGAACGACUAUUGGCUAUUGACAAAAAAUAUGUGAUAGAGGAACGAGAAACGUCCAAGAAAUAUCACGAUAUUGUUUUUUCGUCGCUGGAAAAAGUGAUGCGAUCUUCGCAAACCAAUCAGAUGAAAAUGCUGCAGGUACUGUUAGACAAAGAAACCGCUGAGGUAAUGAAAAAGCUACAGGACCGUAGAAGACAUGACAUGAAAUCGUUAGCAAAGAUCCACAAAGACAAAGAUGAGAUCGGAAGAAUCAAACGAGAAGUGUCCAGUUCAAUGGUUGAAAAGGGUGUUAACGAACGUGUGCGCUUGUAUCAGAUCUACGAGAAGAAGACUGAGGAGCUAGAAAAACAGCAUGAAGAAAUUAGACAACAUUUUUAUGAUCUCGAGAGUAAAAAGAAAGCUGAGUUAAUCAAAGAAUACGAGGCCAAACUACAAAAUAUAGAAUUCGGACUUGGUUCGAGUACAAAGACCGAAUUGAAACAAUGACAUGAGUAAAGUUAAAAAAAAAACUAUGUAGUAAAACUAGAUACCUAGUAAUUUUUAAAGAUAAAUAAUUAAAAUAUAUUCUAAUCAAAGGCAAUAAAUUUUAAACAAUGUGAUGCAUUUGAAAAGUAAGUUUAGAGACACUUGUGCUGAUUUCAAUGUCGAUCCCUAAAGACUGAUCGAUUUAACUCGUUAUUAUUUUUAUUUCAAUUAAUUUUGCCAUUUAUUUUAAUUAUAAUUAUUUGUUUUCUCAUUAUGUACAAAUUUUAUGAACUACAUUUACAGCGACAGGUGGUAGUGUAUUUUUGUUAUAUUGUAACAUAUUGAUUUAUUAUAGUUAUAUUAUUAUUAUUAUUAUUAUUAUUUGUUAUUUAAGGUGAUCAGCCUUUUUUUAUUGUGAUAACCAUAUUUAUUUUAUUAUUAAAUAUUUUGUGAUAAUUUUUCUAUGCAUAACUCCUCUCAUCAUACACUGUACCUUUACCUAUAUACUCAUUGACAAUCAUUAUUCUUCAGCUAAAUUUUUGUUUUCAUUCAAUAUAAUUUAAUAUCAUUCACUGUAAUAUCUUUAACUUAUAUAUAAUCAUAAAUGUUACUUUAUACAUUAUUUACAGUAAUUUACAAUAAUUACAAGAAUCAUUCUUCUUUUCACUGCAUAUUAAUAGUUAUGUAUUAUCAUAACUAUAUACUCAUGUCAAAUUUCUCAUCAUUAUAAUAUUCAUACUCACUCAGCUACUAUUGUAUCUCUAAAUAAAAUAUAUGCAUAAAACUAUAUUUAUUGAACUACUGUUAUUAUAAUAGGUGCCAAUGGAUUACAGCAUACAUAAUUUUGCAUCAGUACCGUCUGAUAUUUAUUGUAUUGUAUAACAUUUCAUUU